AUGCGAGGGGCGAAGAGACGCCAGGCGCUGCCCGCCAUCGUGCUCCUGCUGCUGGCCUCGGCCCCGCCGCCGGGCGCCGAGGGCCGGGACGUGCCCGCCGCCGGAGCCGAGCGGGGGGCGCUCCUCGACCUCCUCCUCCAAGCCCUGGGCGACGGCGGCCGCCCGCUGCCGCCCCGCCCGCCGCGGCGGGACCGGGUGAUCUCCCGGCGGUACAGCGGCGGCGGGGCCCCGCCGCCCGACCCCCGCUCCAUCGCCGCCGCCCCCCCGCCGCCGCCGCCCCGGCUCUUCGCCGCCGCCCGCCACGGAGAAAUUUUUCCAAGAGAUUCCAGUCUAAAAGACAAAUUCAUAAAACAUUUUACAGGGCCAGUCACAUUUUCAUCAGAGUGUAGCAAGCACUUCCAUCGACUGUAUCACAACACAAGAGACUGCUCAACACCAGCCUAUUACAAAAGGUGUGCAAGGUUGCUAACGAGAUUAGCAAUGAGCCCUUUGUGUACACAGUCCUAGGAUGUUUGCUAUACUUUCUACUAAGGAGAGAAUUCUGAUUUGCCAAGAAAGUGCCUUGAAAUCUUCCAAGACAGAGAAGACAUCUUUUACCUUUUUGAUUUACAACGUUUUGUUACUAGAUGCAUUUUAUUUUCAUAUAUUUGUUGGACAUUCCAUAUUUGUGUGAAACAUUAUUUUAUUUUAAUUUGUAAAUUUGUUGCCUAUAGUUCAGACAAGCCAAUUAUUUAAAUACAUUGUAUAUAAAGAAUACUAAUGAUAUACUGAUUAAAUGUUAUAACUGUAUGCAGGGAGUUGGUAAAAUUUUGCUGUUUCUCUUGUUCCAUUGUAUUUACAUCAUUCUGCUCAGGCUCUUACUGUCAUUAUUUGCACUAACUUGAAAUGCAGAAGUCUAUGUAACUGAAAUCUGAAUAAGCUCUAAGUGGGGAAGUUUUACUUGCCAUGGAAGAUAUUUUAUAUUAUGAAGCUUUGUUAAUAUAUACAUAUAUAUUAUUGCGCAUCAAAACCAAUUUGCUCAGAAAUGCACCUUGCUUUCAGGAACAUUUGUAUGACUAUUCUGGAUUUUCAUCAGUUACAUUUGUACUGGCACUUAUGGAAAGAGUUGCAAAUAAUGUAAAUAUAAAGACUGGAAAACUGCAAUGCAGUUUUGGUGGAAUAAAGAAC